CGAGAGAGCAGAUGAUGCAAACAGGCUAGGAGGGAACCCAUUCCACUCCACUGAGGGAUUAGCUCUGGAAAGUCUGCAUUUCUGAUCACGACAGCAUCGCCUGAGCAGCACAAGAGCUCUGCAAAUCUGCCUCUAAUUCAGACUGACCCGUCAGAUCCUGGUUUAGGACCGAAUCAGCCAUGAACUACCUGCGCCGCCGCCUCUCCGACAGCACCUUCAUCUCCAACCUGCCCAAUGGCUACUUAUCAGACCUGCAGAAGCCCGAUCCUGCCCAGCAGCCUCCGUCGCCCACGCCGGCACCUGAAGCUCCUCAGCCGGUCUCUCCCACCCCGGAACAGAAGCCCCAGCCCGCUCCUCCUCAACCCUCAGCUGCUGGUUUCUUCAGCUCCAUAACCAACGUGGUGAAGCAGACGGCGGCCUCGGCGGGACUGGUGGAUCAAACGACCGUGCCCGUUUCCAAGAAGAGCAAAAUCCUGCUGGUCAUCGACGAGCCGCAGCAAGAAUGGGUGAAGGUGUUCAGAGGAAAGAAGCUGCAGGGUGACCACGAGAUCCGGGUGGAGCAGGCCGAGUUCGGUGACAUUAACGUGGUGUCACACGCUAACGGUACCUGUAACGUGUCCAUGCAAGUCCUCAGGAACGGGACCAAGGUCGUGAGGUCCUUCAAGCCGGACUUUGUGCUGAUCCGACAGCACGCCUUCAGCAUGACGGAGAAAUCAGACUUCCGUAACCUGAUCAUCGGCCUGCAGUACGCUGGAGUUCCCAGCAUCAACUCACUGGAGUCCAUCUAUAACAUGUGUGAUAAACCCUGGGCGUUUGCUCAGCUGAUCGGGACACACCGGAGACUCGGAGCAGAGAAGUUUCCUCUCAUCGACCAAACCUAUUACGCCAACUACAAAGAGAUGGUGACCAUGCCCACCUUUCCUGUGGUGGUGAAAAUCGGGCACGCUCACUCUGGUGCAGGCAAGGUGAAAGUUGAUAAUCACACCAAGUUCCAGGAUGUUGCCAGCGUGGUCGCUCUCACACACACCUACGCCACGUCUGAGUCCUUCAUCGACUCCAAGUACGACAUCAGAAUCCAGAAGAUCGGCGGCGAUUACAAAGCCUACAUGAGAACCUCCAUUUCGGGUAACUGGAAGUCUAACACUGGCACUGCCAUGCUGGAACAAGUGGCCAUGACAGACAGGUACAAGCUGUGGGUGAACACGUGCAGUGAGCUCUACGGAGGACUCGAUAUCUGUGCAGUCAAAGCCAUACACGGUAAAGACGGGAGGGACUACAUCACUGAGGUGGUUGGCUCGUCCAUGCCUCUGGUGGGAGAUCAUCAGGCCGAGGACCGGCAGCUCAUAGCAGAGAUGGUGAUAACCAGAAUGAACCAGGCCAUGUCCCAAAACCCCAAGAGACCCACCACCAUCCAGCCCUCACAGAACACGGUUCAGAAGGACGUUUCCGUGGAUGGCAGGAUGACCCCGUCCCAGAAGCCUCCUCCUCAGGGUUGUCUGCAGUACAUCCUCGACUGUAACGGCGUCGCCGUGGGCACCAAGCCCGUCCAGGCCAACUGAGGCGGUGGAGAGAGAGAGAGAAACGGAAACCUGUUCACUCAGCACCGGCCGGGCUCAGAACGCGGGCCUGUGGGGGGGUGGGAUGAUGGGAGAGCCAGCCUGGACUGUGUUUGUUCCCCUGUGCGGUGUCAGUCUGUCGCUUUAGCUGUGCGCUCGUGAGGGUGGCUUGUGUUUCUCGGGCUGUUUAGUUCAGUGGUGCUUUUUCGAAUUGAUUUUUUAUGAGCAGAUUGUGCCUACGAGGCUCGGUGUCGCUUCUCUUCCCCGCGUAGUGUUCCUGUGUGUUCCCGUCUGUCUUCAUCUCAGUGAAACGCGCUCAAACUGGGGUCUGAUGUUCGUGUUAAAUAUAUAUGCGUGUGUGUGUGUGUGUGUGUGUGUAUGAUUGUAAAUGUAUUGACGUAGCGUUCGUACAUUUUUUAUUUCUGCAUGAGCACUUCGGAGGAGGCUGUGACUAAAGUAUUCUGGGUAAUUUUUAACACAAUAGUGACAUUGUCUGAUACCGUGAAUGUGUAAUAAACAUCGUCCACCGUGGUGAAUACAUGUUAGUUACGACGUAGCGUUUAGAUUCGAGUAGUUUAGCCCGUCACGCUUUUCCGAGACUUUUGUAUGGUUUUACCAGAGGUGUUUUUAACGUGACGUUCAGUUCUAACAGAUAUAACGUAUAUGAAGAAUUCCUAGGAUAAGCGCUAGACUGUUAAAGAUUUUUUAAACAGUAUACAGUGUUUAGUUUAGUCUCGCUUCUAGGGAGUUACAGAUCAACAAUAAAUCACGGUAAACCAAAGGAUCUAUUAUUUAUUUACUAUAGAGGUUAUAAUUAGCAUAUAGAGCUAGGAUGUUUGGCUGUGAU